AUGUCAAUUUUUAAAUCAAUUACUUCCUUAUCAGUCUCAAAAUCUGUUUCAAAAUCAUCAAUUGGCCAAAGUGGAAAUUUUGGAGGUGCACAAACCUCAAACCAAAUAACUGGAAAUGGUGUUGUUGCAGGUUCAAAAAAAAGUGCUAGUGGUGUUUAUUAUCAUCAUGAAGAAUCAAAAUCAUCUACCACAUUUGUUAGUGGAAGUUCUUCUGAAAAUGAAUUUGUUGGUGCAUGGGGACAUUAG